GUUUAAGGAGCGCCCACUGUAAUGGUUGUUGCUAUGGCCCCUGGUUUUCCAUCCUCAGAAGACCAAAAUAUUCAUUUCCUUCAAACCCUAACCUCUGUCUCCCUCUUAAAACCCAUCCCAUCGUCAUCCUUAACAGGGAAACAAGAUCCUCCCUUUCACCACCACCACCCCACAUUCCUCUCUCUACAGAAAAACAUAAUUAAAAAAGAACCCCAGUUGUUCAGAGCAGUACCAAGUAGAAGUACUAUUUUUUUCUCCCGACUUCUCUCUUUUAUGGACAUAUUUUGAAGAAUUCUUCGAUACCCAGUUCUCAAUUUUGCGUUUUUUCGUGAUCCCUACUCUGGGUUUCACGAUUGGUACUGCUGAUAUUGUCGAAUCCGUGAAACUUAUUUGUUUGUCUGAAUGAGGAUUGCAGCGAGUUUGAUAGAAGAAAAGGGGCAAGAAUAUAGUGAAUUGCCAGCUGAAUCAAGCAGCAAGAAAUCAUCAUCGAAAAAGAAUAGAAAGCGUCAAAAGAAAGCUGCAGCAGCAGCUAUGACGCCUCCUAAUGUUGUUCAAAAGCUUUUUGAGACUUGCAAAGAAGUCUUUGCUAAUGGUGGACCUGGUUAUGUUCCACCUCCCCCUGAUGUUGAACGCCUCCGUUUGGUGCUCGAUGGCAUGAAACCGGCAGAUGUUGGUCUUACUCAGGACAUGCCGCAUUUCAAGAAAACCAAAGGAUUCCCUUUAAUAACUUAUCUUCAUCUCUAUGAAUGCGACAACUUCUCGAUUGGGAUCUUCUGCCUGCCACCCUCAGGUGUCAUUCCGCUUCAUAAUCAUCCAGGCAUGACAGUUUUCAGUAAGCUCCUCUUUGGCUCAAUGCAUAUUAAGUCGUAUGACUGGGCAACUGAUGUACCCCGUAUCACGCAAGAGAAUCUCAACCCAACACACUGCCAGCCACCUGGGAUCCGUCUGGCAAAGGUUCAGGUCGAUUCUGUCUUCACUGAUCCAUGCAACACAUCCAUACUGUACCCAGCUGCAGGAGGCAACAUGCAUUGCUUCACUGCAUUGACAUCCUGUGCAGUCCUAGAUGUGCUGGGACCACCUUACAAUGAUGCCGCUGGUCGGCACUGUACGUACUAUCAGGAGUUCCCAUAUGCUAGUUUCUCAGGUGACGAAGAAUCCAUGCCGAAAGAAGAAGAAAGGGAUGCGUACUGGUGGCUUGAAGAGAAAGAGAAAAUUGAAAACCUUGUUGUUGUUGGAAAACCAUACGGAGGUCCAAGAAUCGUGGAGACUUGAUUGUCAUUCUGUCUUAAUGUUUCAGCGGCCUUUCAAGCUGUUGUUCCUUUUCUUUUUUCCCCCUUGUCCUUGUCUCUCUUAAGGGUCCAUGGACCUUAGGUUUUUCCCUUCCUUUUCCUUUUUUUUUUUUUCUUUUCUUUUUUUGUUAUCCGUUGCUUUUACAGUUUCUGUACAUAUAUCCCCCACCAAAAAUGAAAUGAAAGGAAAAAAAAAAAGUUUUGGAGUUUCAA